AUGCUGGCGGGAAUUAACCAAGGCUGCCCGGGUAGCGGAACUUAUUUCGCUGCCAGUCUCGAGCUCUUUCUCCAACUCUUUUGCUCGAUUGAACAGAAGUUUCGUGGUCGAGCACGUGCAUGUGCGGACGACCUCUGCUCGGUGGUGGUCUCCUUAGAUGUUCUCCCGAAGAUCAAACGCAUCUUCGGUAAUGCCAAAGCUCUUGCCAGCCUUUGCUUGAAGCUGGCGAAGUGCCAGCUGCUGCCGCUCGCAGGUCUGAUCGCACCCGAACUGAUACAACAGUAUCGAGCACGGUUAGAUGAGCUUGUUCCUGGGCGGGGGCAGUUGUCGACAGUUGAGCUGUUCAAGUAUCUUGGGAUGUGGAUCGGACCAGAUUAG